AUGUCUGUAAUAUUAUCUGAUUCUACUCUAGAUAAACUAAAAUGUACCAAUUGUUUUAAGUAUCUUUCUGUGAAACCUGUGAAGACCUACAAGGAUGGUUCCAUUAAGUGCGGAAGAUGCACCGAAGAAAACGAUGAAGGUAUUUUGUGCGUAUACAACUGUUUUGGAGACAAUCACGUGUUUAAGUGCAACAACAGAUUCGAUGGUUGCAGGAAGUUACUGAACUAUGUUCAAGUCAUUGAACAUGAAGAAGAAUGUUUUCCUUUGAAGUACGAGUGUCCGAAUUGUCCUGGAGUUAUUUUAACAACUUACAUGCUUGAAGCGCAUUUUCAACAGUACCAUUUUCUAUCUAUUCUGAAGACACCGAUUUUUUACAUUUACAACGACCUUGUAAGUCAAACUUUCUUGUAUAGACUAGACGAUGUUUUAUUUUUUAUUCAUUACAAAGUGGAUGUUCUUUCUAACAUAUUUAAUUUAAGUGCUUCCUAUUUGGUUAACGCUGAAUUCAACAUCAGGUUCAAUAUUAACUUUAAUACAAACGUGGGUAACGAGGAUAUCGAUCCUUUGGAAAUACCAACUUAUUAUCAGGCUAAAAAUCUUAGAGAUAAUAUAUCGAUUAGUUGUUUGUACGUAAAGGUCUCUGUCACUUUUGAUAUUAUAAAUGUUCCUUAUUAUCAAAUAAUAGUACCCAGUGAAAAUACAGUUAUACCAAAAGAGUCUGAAGUCUUAGAGGAGCGUAGGAUUGUAAAUAAUUUUGAAUAUUUUCAUAAUUUAUGUUUGAGAUCGGGCAUCGACUGGCCCGCUAAAAUUAAAACUUACAAUUUUCCUUCAAAUAUGACCGUCAGCGUAGAUUUUACUCAUUUGAUUAAAAUUAACAGAUUCAAAACGACGAAUAUUUAUUUGCAUUGCUACAACUGCUUCGUCAGCUCGUUCCACAAAACAUUGGGAGGAUUUGUAAGAAUUAAUCGCAAUCUUUAUUUUUUGUGCGAUAUUUGUUUUCGAUUAGAGAAACGAAAUAACAAAUAUAUAAAAUACGGUGGAUCCAGUAGAACCUACAGGAAGUUGCAUGUAACUUAUACAUGUUUGUGGGGCUGCGGUAUUUCAGAUGAAAUGUUGAGUGGUCAUGAGUAUUUUUGUCCUGAUCAACCUGAAUUUGACUGUCCUAUUAGGAAUUGCGAGGUGUCUGCACCUCACGAUAAAUUAUUACCGCAUAUGCUUGAGAAGCAUGAAGUAUAUUCGUGUACCACUUUUACCUCGAACAUCGAUUUGGGGAAAAAUAUUCUUAAUUCAGUUAAAUUUAUAGAAAAAAUCGUGUGGGUCAUGCCGUUUUUUGUUGUUGUUAAGUUUACCGCUAACUCUAGAUGUUGGAAGGUAUCAAUUGAUUUUUGUAAUAUGCGUGGAGUACCUAAGGAUCUACGAGUAAAAGCUUUGUUGUACACUUCGUGCGAAAAAUUGAUCGACGUUGUUACGGAAGAUUAUAAUGUGUAUGUACUACCUUUUGGAGAAAUAAGAGUUCAUUGUCUACUCGAAAGAGAUCAUAAUAUAGGUAUUUUCUGA